GGGUAAGAGGAAACCCUUAACUGCUCCGGCUCAACUGGCUCCUUUUUCUUUCCCUGCCUUUUCACGAACCCCCGUCGGACGUGUGCUCGCUCAGGACCAGAAUGGCAGCAUCAUCUGCACAGAGAACCAACGGGCCCCGCAAAAUGUUGCCGUUUGCUUUGCUCCUCAUCGCCUCACUCUUAAAUGCAGGAGUCACGGCACAGGAAGAGGAAGUUGUCACGGGGACGAUGCCAUCUGUGGAAGCAGUGGAACACGUACAACACAUGGUUCCAAUGACAUCUGAAGCUCCUGAGCCAGAGGAUCCACAAAUCUUGGUUUUCCCCACUCUGCCAUACGAGCCGACUGAACAGACUACAGCAGCAUCGGCGGCGGCAGCAGCAACACCAGCUGCUACAGAAGAGGAAGGAGACAGGAACGACAGCAACGACAGCAACGACAGCAACGACAGCAACGACAGCGGCCCUGUGGCUCCGGAGGACCCAGAAAACAAGAAAGUGGAGUUCACGGUCGAGGUUCAAACUGAUAUGUUCAAAAUGAUGGAGCCAGAGACGCCAGCACCGAUGCCUGGCAGAGGCGACGGCCCCAACAACAAACCACAGCCGGUGCCACAGGAGGAUGUUGUCUGCGUCAGCAAAGAGGCGGUCCAGGACAAAAACGCUGUCAAUCUAAAACUCAAGGCCUCCUCCAACUGUAAAGACACCAAAAUGAAGAUUGAAAGUGUUCUGCAGGAGCUGUGUGGGGAAGACUGUAAGCUAGAUAUCUACCAGGAGGACAACACAGACGAAAUCCUAGUGUCCGGAAAAUAUGUUGAAGAUGAUGUUGCAGGCAUGGCUGAUAAAUUCAACAAUGACAACAUCAAAGAUAAGACUGACGUGGAGGAGGCUCGUCCUCGUUGGGGGAAGAACUCUAAGUUGGUUCUGGUUUCCUUGCUGCUGACUGGCCUGUUGCUGGCGGCCCUGCUGGUCGCUGGUUAUUACCUCAAGACCCAUCGCAAGAACUCCAAAGGAGUCCGACUGGCGGAAUCUUUCCAGGUGGACGAGGAGAACCAGGCUAACACGCUGGUGUCUGUGGCCCCCCUACCCCAGGAGCCCGCGGACAAGCCGACCACCAAUGGCGAGUCUCCACCAGAUGGGACCAACCCCGCCCCCACCACCAACGGACACUCUGCCACCCAGACCCCAGUGGCUGACACAGAGAUGUGAAUCACGACACCCACCCACCCCCGAUGUCCCGUUCUACCCAACACCCGCCGAGACCCUCUACCCACAAGCCCCCUCUGCUGCCUCAGAGACUGUCCACACACUGAGACAAAUUCAACACGAAUCCACCGAAAUACAUUCAACUCUUCCUCUUCCUCUUCCGCACCUCUCUGGACUUUGAUGACGACAACGAUGAAGCUCGUGACUAUAAUGACGAUAAUGACAAUGCCUGUAAUGUGAAAAGUUAGGGAUCACUGGCCUUUGUUUGGGACUGAGGCUGCUCAGCAGGGCACUGACUGGGAUUUGUUAGCUGCCCUGACUUCAGUCUAGUUGUACAAUCAUUGUAGAAUCCCCAAAUAAUGCCAAAUACGUGCUGUUGAUUCCCGACAAAGAAGCAGCAAAUGCUCCAUUGUUUCAAUCCACGAAUGUGGUGCGAUGCAACCCAUGAAGCCAGGCAGUUGAAAGCUUUUGUAUUGUUUUUUUUAAAGACUGACGCUCACUGCUUGAUUGUUUUUUUUUUUCUUUCUUUCUAUUUGAUUCAGGAAAUGUUUGUCUUUGUAGCCUUUCUGUUUGCUUAACCUUGUUAAGACCUUUAACGUGCGAGAUGAGCAAAACAAAUGUAAUGAAAGAGAUCCAUCAAGUUGGAAUUUACUGAAAGUUGACGAUAUUUUCUCCCGGAUUGUAAAACUAAAAGUGAAAUAGAAAGAAACGACCAUGUUUGUAAAAAAAAAAGAAUUGAUUGUUAACCAAUUAUUGUAGUGUUAGCAACAACGGACGAAUGAGAUCGUAAACAUGUUCUUUGGUUUUACUGAGAAAUGAAAUUAAGCUCCCAAGCUCUUCAUCACAUGGAACAUGUCAGCUGAAAACUAUUAGUGUUUGCCUCGAUACUUUAGACCGAUAAGCAUAAUGAACAACUACUUUAUUAGAAGCUUAUUCGGGAUAGGUUGCAAAGUACAUUUAUAUUUUUGUGAUAUUGUGUUUUCAUGAUGACAUUGUUGUACAGUUUUCUUUUUCUUAAACAAACGUUUAGUACUCUCAGCAGCAGCAUUUUUUAAUUCAGAGUAAAACAAACAUUUCGACACAACAUGAAGCAGGUUCAGCAUUCCCAAAAACCGCCUUAAUCUCCUUGUUAAUAUAAAACUUGUUUUUCUACAUCAGCUGUACACGUUUCUUAGCUUCCUUUUUGAACGACUGGCUGCUUUCAUAAUGUACUGCAUGUGUAAAUACGCUCUCUCUGUUAGUAGUUUCUGUGCCCGACUCAUAAACUGUGAUUGUUG